AUGUGGAGGAGAAGAGGUCUGAGUAGAGCCCUGGUCUUGCUCCUCUUGGUUCUUCUCAUUGUGUUGGAGACGGCGACAGCCCAGAGAAGAUCAUCAGCCCGGAGAAACUACUACAGGCAGCCAGAGGUCCAAACCUGCUCCUUGGACGUGCUCUUCCUCCUGGACAGUUCGGAGAGCGCCAAAACUUUCCUGUUUGAGAAGCAGAAGGCGUUUGUGUUGAGAUUCAGCACCCGUCUGUCCAUGCUCCAGGUCCCAGGCUGGAGCAUGAGUGUGCGGAUGGGGGUGCUCCAGUACAGCAGCUCUGUGUCUGUGGAGCGGCCCCUCUCUCUGUGGACGGGCCUGGACUCUUUUCAGGACUCGGUCAGCUCCAUGCACUACAUCGGCCACGGCACCUACACCAGCCACGCCCUGAGCACCGCCUCCACCCUGCUGCUGAGGGAGAGCCCGGCACACAGCGUCCGAGUGCUGCUGCUGAUGACUGACGGCCUGGACCAUCCGCGCAGCCCCGACGCCGUCUCCGCUGCAGAAGAGGUCAAAAGCCACGGGGUCAAAGUCUUCACCGUGGGGCUGUCCAGCAUGGCCCAAAGAGGUCACAACAACGCCAGGCUCAGGACCAUGGCCAGCUCCCCCCCUCAGCAGUUUGUGCACAGUCUGCUGGAUCCCAACCUGGAGGAGAAGCUGCUCACUGAGAUGAGGGAGGUGGCGACAGAAGAGUGUGUACAUGUACAUGUGUGUCUAUGCCAAAGAGGAGAGCGAGGGCCUCCGGGAAGUCUGGGUAUAAAAGGCGAGCCAGGCUACACUGGGGCGCCAGGUCCAAAGGGGUCCAGGGGGGAGCUGGGGCGCAGUGGGACUCCUGGGAGGGACGGUCUGGAGGGUCUCCAUGGUUACAAGGGCAGCAAGGGAGAGCGAGGAGAUUGUGGAGCUCCAGGACCAAAGGGUGACCCUGGCUCAGAAGGACCUCCAGGCCCACGAGGACCCAAGGGAAAUCAGGGAGCUGUGGGUUCACCAGGAGAUGUAGGUCCUGAGGGAGCACCAGGUUCUAAGGGAGAGCGAGGGCCCAGCGGAGCUUCAGGGCCUCAGGGGGACAGUGCCAUCGGCUUCCCAGGACCCAAGGGUGAGAGGGGCCUUCAUGGCAGGCCGGGUCCCAUGGGCGCAGUCGGUGUGGGAGACCCUGGACAGACCGGCCCCCCGGGGCCACCUGGAGCUCAAGGUAAUCCUGGACCACCUGGAGAUGGUCCUCCAGGGCCCAAGGGAGAUCGAGGAUCUCCAGGUCCCAAAGGAAACAGAGGAGCUCUAGGUGUGGGUCUGAAAGGAGACCAGGGCGGCCGUGGACCUCCUGGACUCCAAGGUCCAACUGGUGCUCCCGGUGUCGGACUUCAGGGGGAAAAGGGAGAGCAGGGCGCAGUUGGAGCUCCAGGCCCCAAAGGAGCUGCAGCAACAGGAAUACCAGGGCCUAAGGGAAAUGUUGGACCUCCAGGUGAACAGGGUUUGCCAGGGGAGAGAGGUUUUGGUCAACCUGGGCCUAAGGGUGAACCUGGCUCAGAAGGAGCACCAGGUCGUCCUGGACCUCAAGGGCAGGAUGGAGCUCCAGGUCAAAAGGGAGAGGCGGGGUUACCAGGACCACGAGGGCCAGACGGUGCUCCAGGUAAAGGAGACCCAGGACAGAAGGGAGACCAAGGGCCCCGAGGGUCCAGGGGCCAGCCUGGACCUGUGGGACACAAGGGUCCUAAGGGCCCAAAGGGAGAACUAGGAGUUACUGGCCCUCCAGGACCCUCUGGAGCUCCAGGCAGGGGCCUCCCUGGAGCUAAGGGAGACCCAGGGCCCCAGGGUGCUGCUGGUGCAGAGGGGGAGCCUGGUAUUGGAAUCAGUGGACCCAAGGGGGACAGAGGAGCACCGGGACCCGCUGGAAGCCCUGGAGAGGAAGGAGAAGGGACCCCUGGCCCUCCAGGGCUACCUGGACCUCCAGGCCCAGGAGGAGAGCCUGGUCCUGAUGGGGUUGGGUUACCUGGACCAAAGGGAGAGAGAGGUUUCCCUGGCCCCUCGGGACCUGCUGGAGCUCCAGGCUCUGCUAUGAUUGGUCCAAAGGGGUCACUGGGUCUGCCAGGUCGACCUGGACCCCAGGGUUUACCUGGAGAAGGUGUCCAAGGACAGAAGGGUGAGCCUGGGCGCCAGGGGGCCCCUGGUCCCAGAGGUCCUCCAGGACUUGGUCCACAGGGAGACCAGGGGGAGAGAGGACACAGAGGUCCAAAGGGCUCAAAAGGAGUCCGAGGUGAGCCUGGAGAGCCCGGUACUGAAGGACCUGUGGGGCGAGUGGGAGAGAAGGGAGAGUCUGAUCUGACAAGGGAGAAAAUAGUUCAAAUGGUGUUAUCAAUAUGCAGAUGCGGGGUGCGUCUGUGCCGUUCCUCUCCUCUGGACCUGGUGCUGGUCGUGGACAGCUUGGAGCGGGAGGGCCCUGUGCAGGAGCUGGUUCUGUCCGUGCUACAGCGCUCGUCUGUGGGCCGCGACACCACACGAGUCGGAGUGGUCCUCCAGGGCAGUGCCCCCCACAGCCUGCCCCUGUCCUGGGACCUCAGCCAGCUCAGGUGGUUUGUGCUCUCCCUGCCCCACGCGACAGAGGACAGAUCCACAGACAGGGCUCUGCUCCAGGCUCAGAGGCUGCUCCGGGAGGGCCGUGCGGGAGUGCACAGAAUGGUGAUGGUGGUGUCUGAUGGGGCUGUGGAGAGGUGGGAAAGGGCAGUGAUGGAUGCAUACGGCAGCAGUGGGGAGGAGGACUUGGUGGUGGCUGUGGUGAACAGGAAGGGAGGGGCCGAGGAGCUGCAUCUGGUGAGCUCACAGCCCAAGAAGAACCAUGGGAUCAGACAGGAGAAGUUCAUACAUCUGACAGAUCUGGAGGACAAAGUGCUGGGUCUUAUCUGUGAGGAGGAGAAGAGGCGCUCCACUCCACUGAGCACCAAACCUGCCCUCCGCCUGGGUCCAGACGGGCUUCCAGAACUGUUACCUGACACUGGGGAGGAGCCAAUCAGGAUACAGCAUGCAGACACGCCCCCUUCCACUGGAGACACGCCCCCCUCCACUGGUGCCCCUCACAGAGUCCAGAUACUACCUGGCAUUCACACUUCUGGUGGAGGACGUAACAUGUCACUGCUCAGACCAGCUCCAGGAACACAGGAGACCCAGAUGCCCUCCUUCUCCUGGUCUGGUGCACCGUCCCCCCCUCAGGAGACUCUGACGCCCUCCCUGUCCUGGUCUGGUGCACUGUCCCCCCCUCAGGAGACUCAGAUGCCCUCCCUCUCCUGGUCUGGACCCACAGUGGAGAGCGAAACCCUGAGUGACCAAUCAACUGAAGACACUGCUCCAGGCAGAUGUGGGGAGCCCCUGGACCCUGGGCCAUGUCGGGACUAUGGGGUCAGGUGGUACUACGACCCCAUCGCCGACUCCUGCGCCCAGUUCUGGUUCGGAGGUUGUCAAGGUAACCGGAACAACUUUGAGACAGAGAGGAGCUGCUUACAAACCUGUGUCAGGGGGUAACACUGUCUGGCCUACAUCAUGGUUCUACUUUAGAACAGACUGGAGUCAUUUCACAUCAUGUAUGUUUGUAGAACUACUGAAGACUUGUUUUAGUUUAGUCUUUAUUUGAAGGGACAAUGGACAGAGACAUUAAACUCAUAAAAACAGAUGUUCUGUACAAGAUUAUAUAAACAGAUAGGUUCCAUCUGUAGUUGCUGAAUUAUGAAUUAUUUUUCUGCUGUUAGGACAUCGAACAACCACACAAUUACGAUGUCUGAAUCCCAAAACUAAAAUAUGAUAAUAUCAGAACCAGAAACAAAAGCGAUAUGGUUCAAAAGACCGGA